UUCCUUACGGUGCACAUCGAGCCGUUCUCUCUCGCUCUUACACACAGUUCUUAUUAAAAGGAGGUGAUUUCGCCAAGCUAAAUGCGGUAUUCACCUUACAACGACAGCUUUUUUAGUAAGCACUGCACAGCAAAAAAGAUCCGUCCCCAGAAUUUUUCGAAGUAAUCAAGUGACCCCCGAGGACAAGUUUUUUUUGAGAAAUUUGUGAGAUACGAAAAGUGGUACGAAACUCUGGGUGAGUAAGAAGUGAAUAUCUGUAUAAGUAGAUAAGUACAAGUGUCAAAAGGGGUGGUGGAUGAGACAGAUUUUGAAAAUCAUGUACUUACAUAUUGUGCAUCGGCAUGUACGCAACCAGCACGAAUGAGGAUUCAAAAGUUCAUUGAAUAAGAAGAAGGUGUGUGUGAAUGUGUAUGUUGUUGCACUUUUGUUUGCUAAAAACAUUCUGCACGCUCACUUCUCUCUCAGAUAUAGAAGAAUAAUAAUAAUCGCGCAUCUGUCUUAAGUAGUGGCUAAGAAAAAAAACUUUAUAUGAAGAUGAAGAGUGAGUGCGAAUAGUAGUAUUCGUAUGGUUUAAGACAGACAUCAUCUCUCAUUGUGGUCGGCUAGCAGAAAAAAACACGUCUGCCUGCCAUACACGCCGUAUAUGAAUCUCUAUGUAUGUAAGUGUAAUAUGACUUAUAAUAUAAUCCUUUAGUGAAUUAGUAAUCAGAAAUUCUAGAUUCAAAUUACAUCCACCAGCAACUAAGAGACGUCUGACUACGUGUGAGAUGAAUUUAAUGUAAUGUGACCUCAAUUUGCGCACACUUUGCAAAUAAUCGUUGAAGACGUCGUUAUACUUAUUUGAAUAACGUUUUUCUUUAACCACGUUGUCAACGUGUUCUUAAAAGGAAGAGUAAAGUUAUAAAAGGGAACAGUUCGUGUAAAUUCAUAACUUUGUAAAGGAACUGAUGUAACUUUUAAAAACGAUAAUGUUGAAGUAGUAUGAGAAGAAGAAAGGUGGAUAUUUUAAGCGUGUUUGAGUGACAUCAUUGAAAAAAUAGGAAAUAAUCAGUAAGCAUUGUUCGCAUGGAUCCUGCACCACCUUUUCUACUAAUACCGUGCACCACGAUGGAGCUGUACAAGCGAAAUCACCCCUACAAACAUCGCCGCACUCUGAGUGACAACGAAACCUCGGGAAAAUUUAGUCUGCCUGAAGACGUCGCGAUAAUUAAAACAUUGAAUCAAUGCCGGUAUCAUCACGACCGACUGCGUAAUUGUACUAAUUGCCCUACAGACUUAUUAGAGCGUGAUUGUGGGGGACAUUACUAUUCAUUUGUGAGUGGCACCUUUAAAAUACGAACCCCCUCGAGAACGGAUCAUCCAGUUUCUGCCCCUGGAACAGAAAGCACCUUAAACGAGAACAAUUUAAAGCUGAUCAAUAUGCAGACUUCUCCUCACAGUCCAAUUAUUCCUGCGAGAGAGCAGGACCACUUAGGGUUUGAGUGUUGUGGGGCUAAUUGCUUGGAUAAUAAUAAUGAUGACGAUCGUAAUGGUGGUGGUGGUGUGGAGACAUUAGCGAACUCGAACUGUGAUACUUUAUUGGGAGGCAGGAUGACAACGGGAGCAAAUACACUGACUGAGAUAACCCAAUCAAGAAGAAGCCUUGCUGCUAUUGUGACGAGAUGGAAGGAUGACUUUGUGGGCCGUUUGAGGCUUCUACUUUCAGGGAGAUCACUUCUGGCUCGGAGGAGACGGACAAAAAGUUCGGUGCUACUAAACACUCAAUGGACGAGAAGAAUGACUUCAUUCCUCUACACGUUUGCCAUCCUGCUCGUCACCUGCCUGUCACAUCUUCCCGUGUCAUACGCCUGUUCCAGUCGAUCCACACCAAAACCCCGGCCACCAAGUCCGACGCUGAGGCCGAAUAUUACCAUUCAGACGUACACUUGUCCCCCAGAGUAUGAUGCUCAUUACUGCUUAAAUGGUGCUACCUGCUUUACAGUCAAAAUUGGCGAGAGCAUACUCUACAAUUGCGAGUGUGCAGAAGGGUAUAUGGGGCAAAGGUGCGAAUUCAAGGAUUUGGAUGGUUCCUACUUGCCUUCUAAACAACGCGCCAUGCUGGAACAAGCGGGCGUCAGUGGGGCCGUGGCUAUCGUGAUUAUCUUGGUCGUGAUAGUGUUGGGCUACACGUAUGUGCGACAGUCGCGAAGAAAAUCUUUGGCUAGGCAUACACGAGAAGCCGGUGAUCAAGUGGAUGGUUUCGUCGUUGAGAGGCGACCGUUCAGUCAAUACUACUAUAAUAAUCCUAGCAUUAGUAUAAGUCAAGAUUUGCACCAGCAUCAAUCCAGAUCGAGCCGAGGUGGAACCUUGUACAAGGUGGACGUCCCCCAUGUCUCAGGAACAUCAUCCUCACCUCCCCCAAAACCUUCAGGGUCAUCAUCAUCACCGACAGGGCAGGUGCCGCUGCACACAACGAAAAAAUCCACCAAGCCACCAGAUCCUCCUCAACGGCUAACUUAACUUUAAUUAUACUAGCGACUCAAUUUAUUUAAUUUGUCCAGUCUUAUUACUUAAUAUUACUGUCCGUAUCUGCGAAAUGUUGUAGUUCAAUACAUAUUGAAGUUCCGUUCUCUUAAUCCAUACGAGUAGCCUAAGUCCAAGUAGGUUCUAAUUCUAGUUCAACCAAUACACAGUAAAAAAAUUUUUGAAUAUUAUUUUACCUAUUAUUAGUCUUUAAAAAAAUCCACAAACAAUGUACCUUAAUUAUUAAAUACAUGUCCCUACACAAGUUUUUUAGAAUACCUUUCAGAUCAAAAAAUUUUAACUCGGUGAGUUUUAAAGCAGAAUGUUGUGAAAUAAAUAAAUAGGGAGGAAUUCUGUCAUUAAAUGACACUAAAUUGUGGCUCUUUAACAUUGAAGCCACCCUUAUCAUUUGUUAUUCUUGAAAAGUAAUUUUUGAAAGAUGAUAUGCAAUACACCGUUUUUGUAUUCAGCAUGUUUUUUUAAGUAUCUCCGAGUAAAAGAGGCUGGUCCUUGCAAGUUUUAACUAGAAUUAUCCACGUAGUGUUAUUGACUAGUUUUGUAACUUUGAAUAAUAACUGAUAAUGAGGUAUUUAUGCAGGUAUUUAGGUAGGUAGAAUAAUAGUUGGUGUGUGAUACAGCUAACUGACUUAUCUAAAUAGACUUGAAUGGUAUGUAUUUAAAGUUAAAUAUUUGGUGUCAUAAUAAUCAUAAGAAUAUUCCUUGAGUGAGGUAUGUAGACAAUUAUUUAUUUCCGACUUUACAUACACCAUGAGACAGCUAGCAUUUUAGUGGCCGCGGAAGCUGUGGGGACGUUAGAAUUGUGGGACAGGUUUGGAUAAGAUGGGCAGAUGAUGGGGACAUCUAAAAACCGUGGGUCAUUGUCCCUCUGUCCCCACCCUUCCGCGGCUACUGGCUAACACAGGUAGUGCUGAUGUGUGUAUUUAUGUAGCAACGAGAGAGGAACUGGUUCAAAAAAGAUGUUGGCCAUAAUUUGACUGAUGAACAAAUUUUUCUACAUUAUUUCUAGUUUUUAAGAAUCUACCUAUUUAUGAAGUAGUGGGAUCUUUACCUAGACUGAUAAAAUAUAUAUAGAGAAAUGCACCAAUCAAAAAUGGGAAUCAGGACUGAAAAAAAGAAGAAGAAUAAUCCCAUUCCAUAUCUUCAAGAAUAACUUGCAAUUUUGGAAUAUUUCCUUUUCCUCUUUUCUAAAAAUAUUUAUGUAUAUGUAGCUCGUGCAGAGUUAUGCAUAUAGAUAGAUUAUAAAACAACGUAUAGGUUUGCUGUUUACUUAUCAAUUCUGCAUUCCGAUAACUGUUUAUGCAUCAAAAAUAUAUCAAAAUGUUCCUGUAAUCGCACAAACAAAUUUAGCUGAUCACAAAAGUUUUCUGUUUCUGGGCUUCGUAAUUUUUUGAUGAAAUUUACUCGCAUUUAGACCCACUUGUACUUCUCAUUAGGAACUUUUUCAUGCUCCGAUUACCUAUUUAUGAUUGUUUACUACUUCUCAAAAUUGAUUGAUGCAUCCUAAAACUAGGCAUUUUGUAGUCAUAUUUGCAAAGUAUGGGCUAAAACAACCAAUAAUAAUUACAUAACUACAUAAGAAUUUGAAAAUUUUAUUCUCACAUUUUUUGGUGGUUUUUGAGUAUUUUUCACCUCGAAUCAUUCCUAAAAUUGUAAACUUUUCUUCGAUAUUUUAUUCACUAAUGAAAAAACUUAGGACUAUAAACUACUCCUUAAUCUACCUCGUUUUAAUUAAGGUGCAAUCUUAUAAUUAGUCGUUAUAUACAUAAAAGAGCCUUCAUCUGCUGUCUUACUAAAUACCUAUUCCUUCCAGGCUGUUCCAAAGUAUUAUUAUUAUUAUUUAAAAUAUUUACCGAUUUUGUUUAUUACAAGAUAUUUUGUAUCUCACGAAGGAGAGUGUUCCAUUUGUACUGUUAUUUGUAUAGUAAAUUUAUUUAUGUUAUUAUAUUAUAAAUGUUUAGUUAAAAGAAUGUCAUAUUCAUAAAGUGACAGAGAUCAUGAGAAAGAAAAGAAAUAGAAAUGAAGGUAUUUUUUACAAAUGA